GCUUUGUGAAGGCAUGUGCUGUGGUGGGGGCAGCUGUGUUUCUUUCCAUUUGCUUUCAUAACGCGCGUUCCUUCCCAGCGGGCCCGUCGGACGGAGUCUUGAUCUCACAAGGACUGAGCAACUGAUUGUAUAACUCUUGAAGAUAUGCUGUCCCCAUUACCUUCUCUUUGCUGAGAGUAUGUGUUACAAGGUGCUAAGGUGGUGACUUUGGAGCUGCUUUCACGUUGUGAGAUCAAAUUUUCCCCGCAUGGCUAGCAUCAAAAUUCUUCUUGCAAUAUUUCAGCCAACAUAGUUAAGUAACGAUUCAAAUGCCUCCUAGCCCUGUGUUGAUUGCAUCAAUCAGUGUCCAAGAGUGGCUGGUAAAUCUGGAAAACAAUUUCCAAGUUCCCUUCCAAGUCCAGCCUUGAAGAUGAGGACCAGGGUUGUAUUUUCCCUGUUGCUUUCUUUAUGUUUGUCUGAUCAUGGGAAUUCCAUUUUAAAAGAGAGUGGUGCUGAAAUAGCACACAUAUACCCGCUCAGUAAUGAAAAACAUUGUGAACAAGCUUGUAAAGACUCAACACAUGCAGAUAAUCCUUACUGCUGGUCGGUGCUGUAUCAGAGCCACUGUGUCCUUCUCCGCUGUCCUCAGCUAAGUGCAUGUCAGAAUACCAGCAGACAAGAUAUUAAAGAGCUAAUGGGAGAAUUUGUGACUCGUAAAAGAAGAGAACAUGAUGCACCUCAUGAGAUAAAUGAUACAGAAAAUGUGAAUAAAGAGUUAGAGGUGCUGAAGAGUUCCGAAUCAGUUCAGAAACCCACAGAAGUGCCUCUUUUAUUAAUAUCAAGGACUGUAACGGGAGUUCCUGCAGUCAACUACACAAACAAUGCCAGUUUGGCAAAACAAAAUACUUCCAGUUUGAGAACAACCACUGCCAGCCUUGUGAACACUAGUGUCUCCCAAGAUUUUGCAGGAUCAACAGCCAUAAUCAAUAUUAGUAAUAGCAUGACUAAAAUCCAGAAUAGUUCUACUGGUAGUAUCCUGAAUAACACCCUAAGUAUUCCAAGCAGCCAUCCUUGGUUAACUCCCACAAAAGGAGCAGACAGUACUACUGACAUUGCAAGUACUGCAAAAGCAAAAGGGACACAAGAGAGUAAAUUAAUAUCAGGCAUACCAGAGAAAACAAUAUCAACAGAACCGCUUCCCAGGAGUAUGACAACCACUGCUUUGACUACAAUAACAACUUAUCCAUCGCUUCCCACAACUCUCCAAAAACUGCAUAGAAGUAGCAUUCCUACACCAGUUAACAUUGAAAAUGGUUCUCAGUUAGCGGUAAAUUUAUCUACAGUUGCAUCCACCCUCAAGCCAUCAGCAUCAACAGCCAAAAGCAUGUUUCAUACAGUUGCAAGUACAACCAUGGCAGCGACUUCUACAGUAACAAUAAAGUCAGCUGAAUUGACAACAGUUACAACAGACAGGAUAAAGCCUACUUCAGAUAAGGUAAUUCCUCCUCUGUUGACUAAAGUUGCUGACAUUACCACUUCACAGCAAAUAUUGUCUACUAGUCAACCAGUGCAGGGGACAACCUCUGUACAACCCCUGUCAGUGCUCCCAAGUACAAAUCCAAAAAUGUUAUCCAAACCAACAAGUACAAUACAAAGCAAAACCCAGAAAGAUAUAGAUGGAGAAAAUAGCUUUCGGCAAGUAGACGUCAGUUUGCUCUUAGCAGUGCUUCUCUUUGGUGUUCUAUUUUUUGUAACAAUUGUCAUCUUAUUUGCCAUACAAGCCUAUGACAGCUACAAAAAGAAAGACUACACUCAAGUGGACUACCUGAUCAAUGGGAUGUAUGCAGACUCAGAGAUGUGAUGAAAUAUAUGUAGAUUCUGAUGGUGAAAGCAAUAGAAAUGAAAAGAAAUAUCAUAUCCAUGCCCACAAAUAGAAAUCUGAAUCUAUAUCUGAAUGAAUAUGACUUUGUUGGGACAAGUGUAAAGGUGGCUUGUCGUUUGUUUUGCCUGUAAGACCACCUGAAAGUGCUUCCAAAUUACUUUCUGUGCAAUGAAGGAGAAAUGCCAUGUAUCAUGCUUUUAAAGUACUUUUUAAAAAACCUUCAUAGUUAAAGGGUGCCAUUAAUGUAUUAUUUCUCAAGCCACAGUAUUGCUUCUGUAGUGCUAGUUUUGUCUGCUAAUGCCAAGGGGGGUUGAUGUUGCGAGUUUUCCCGGAUGGUUUCUUCCUGAUUCCUGAGGUUCUGUUCAUCCCCUGUUGACAACAAAUGGAGAAAAGGUGUUUUUUUUAACAUGCCAAUUUUUCUGAAAAUUCCAGCUGGCAUGAAGACUGUUAGCUGUUAAUGCAAACAAAUGGCCAAGGAUUGGCAGCAUUAGCAUAAGUGGAACAGCACAAAAGAGUGCCAAAAUCUUUUGGGACCCUUUCCUUAGGUAUGAUAUGCUUCAUUUAGGUACAUUUUAAAACAUUCCUAGAACUGCUAAGCACUCUCAUUGCUUUGUCCUGGCGGCAGCAUUUGUUGUAAGGUUAGAAAAUCUAAUGGUUAAAAAUGUAUUUACCAUAGUCUGUUUGAUGCUAUGCUAUUUCCAGUCAUGUUGAUUCUGCACCUUUUAUAUGAUUUUAUUUUUGUAUCCAUUCACUUAAAAAUUGAGGCCUGAAGUCAAUGUCCAGCUUUGUUGGCUUUGUUUCUUCCCUCCUUGAUGUCUAUUUCUCACAAGCAUUUUUAUAACAUGAAUUCACAUGGCAAUUCUAUUAUUUUUCUCCAAAGCUCUCAAUAUCUUCUUCAACUUGAUCAAAGCAUUCAUAGUCAUUUCCUUUCAGUAAUUUUUCCAAGUUCAAAAUCUCUUGGUUCCAGUGUUUUAUAUAUGACGUCUUAUAUGACAGUAUAUUAGUUUGUAUUUAAUAAUACUUGUAAAGAUGUACCUGUGAGGAGGCUUAGUACUCCUUUUAAACCUCCGUCAUUCUCUAGAUCCAUUUAGAAAGAAAACAUUGCCACUCUUUUGAUGAUCUUUUAUAUUUUGCUGUACACAUUUACAUCUUUAAUUGCCAAAGAUAAUGGAAUAAUCAAAGCCUUAAAAAGCUACUUUAAUGAGGAAACUAGCUAGACAGAGUUUGCUUAAAACAUCUACCAGGAGGAAUCUCUAAAGAAGCAAGCUACAAUUAUCUAGGUUGCAUAAAUCCAAUGGCAGUUGUUCAGAUGUUUGCUGUCUUAGCAUUUCCUGAUUAGCUUGAAGUCAGUUCACAAAUGAUUUGAAUUUUCAAAAAUCCUAAAAUUUGUUUAUAAAAUUCCAAAGGUGGAUAUAUAGAGUGACCUGCUAAAGCAUCAGCGUUUUGAAAACUUUAACGUUAUACUUAAUUCCAGAAGAAAGGAGAGGCGGCUGAAAACCUUGUAGUGUAUAUUUGGUUAUCCCCAACAGGACAGAAAGAAGGGUGGUGGAUACUACAUUCUCAAUAAGCUUAAGAAAAAGGCAGGAAGAGGAAAAAUGAAAGCAGCCACUGCCACCUUUUUAAAGGUUCUUUGGAGGUGACCUCCUCUGUGCACCAGGGGAAACCUCCCAUCUCUCUGCUUAAUUUGUAUUAUCAAAUGUUUCUUGCAUCUCUAGAAAUGAGCCAAUAGGGUAUGCUGUUGAGCUGUUUAUGAAAAACAAUUCCAUCUUUGGACUGUGUCAGAGGCCUUCCAAAUCUGAGCUCCCCCCCCCCCCUUUGCCCAUUUCUCUUGUGCUGCUGCUCUUAUUUACCGGUAUUUAGCCAAGACUUCUCUUCUACCACCAUAAAUCUUUAUAAAUUAUGUUUGAAUUAGACAUACCCUACCAUUGCAGUGAGAGGAUCCAAUAUCCUGCUGACCCCAAUUAAAGUGAAGUAAACUAUUUAGAUAGGAAUGUACAGCUAUUUUAAAAAGACAUAAAUUGCAUGUGUUUAUAUACAUGCUUUGCUCAGUAUCAAAAACAGAUCUAUUAAGCUGGGACAGGCAGAAUUAUUAAAAUAUAAUUAUAUGUUUUUAGACUAUCUCCCAUCUUCCCAAGCCCAGAGAGAGUGCUUAAGGAUCAGGGAGACUCAAGUUGACCUUCAGCCACAGAAAUUCACCCAGUGACUUUGAGCUAGUCAUUCUCUUUCAGUCCAGCCUAUAUCUGUUAAAACGAAGACAGAUCACGAUAUGAGACACUUUUGAGCUUCUGGAGGAAAGGUGCUGUAUAAAUUAACAACUAAGUUGACAUUUUAAAUUUGUGUUAACAAUUCACAGACUAGAAGGAUAACCCUGGGUUCCAAGAAACUUGCAAUCUGAAUUUCAACAUGCAGAAAAACUGGAGGCAGGAAUAAACAUGAGAAGAAUAUGCAGCUGUUUGGCUCACAUGUGCUUGUUCAGAGACAGAGUUAUUUAUACAUAGGCCAGCCAAUAACAAAAUUCUGAUAAAAUGAAGUAGGUUAAAUGUUUCACAAUAAAAUUAAAAUGCAAAUUAAAAUACAAGAACAGAAGAGGACAGCAGGCACCGCAGGGAACCAAGGAAAGAGAGAAAUCCCAAGCGUCAAGAAAGAGGAGAAGAAUUCCAGGCGCCAAUUCAUUUAAGCCCAGCAUAUUUUAGAAAUGUUGUUUUUCAGGGUCACUUUUGGAAUGUCUGUAAAAUAAUUAAUUGACUAGCUCUCGGAAUUCCUCAGCCCUCCCUUAUUAAAAGAAAAGAAACAGAUUAAAUCAAUAAAGCUAAAACAGUUUACAUAUUGGAGCAGAUAACAAAAAAUAGAAAAUAUUUUGCCCUGUAUCAGAAAAUAUGGGUGCCUGGCAACCCUCUCUAAGGGAAGGGUCUUUCUCCACUUGGAUUAAAGUGCAAGACAAACCUUUUCCUGUGGUGCCCUUGUGAUGUUGCCUUCAUCCUGCCACUAGCCUUAUCUGUCCUGGUAUUGGAGUGACGCGUCCUCUCUUAAGCUGAUAGCAACCUGUGUCAGUCUCAAAGCCUGCACAUAAUGCCUGCCAGAUGUCAGCAAUGAAACGGGAUUGGAUCAACCUGGCACCUCUUGGCAUUUCAGGCUGGUGUGGGCAGAGGCUGUCCUGGCAAUCUCUGGCCGUUCCCUUUUAGUGGCAGUCUUCUUUGUAAAGCUGAAAGUCCAACUCUUUCAGAUUAGGCUCUUCUAGCAAAAGCCAAACUAUUCAACUAAUGCAUUGGUUUAGCACAAACUGCACAGCUGAAAUCAGGAUGGCAUCAUGUCAUGGCAAGCCAGAACAGAGGCUGUAGAAGCUAGAUAGGGAUCGGGCAAUGCAUAGAGUGAAUUUAAUGCCAGGAUAAUUGUCUCCAGAACAGGAAGAUAGCACUUUGAGCCAUGAGGAAAAGUCAAGACAAGGGUUUCUGGUUCAGAAGAUAUGCCUUUAGGGCUUUAUGAUCAUUCAGAGAUAGUCCUAGGCAUAAUCCAAGGGCAGAACUGAUCAAGCUCAGGCUGGAAGCUAGAGGAAACAAGAAAACACUAUUGUGUUCAUGUUUUACUUAGCCACACAGGGCCUAUUUUGUUCAUAUUUCCUUCAGAAUCUUAAAAGGUAGAACAGCCGCCUUUUUCUAGAAAGAGAAAUAGGCGAGGCUGAGAAUGAAGUAUGUUCACAGCUACAGCUAUGAAAUUAAAGCGAAAUAUACCUUCUUUCUACCACAUCCUCCACAAAGUAUGUAAUUUUUGUUUUUUGUAUUAAAAAAAGAUAAAAAUAUUUGGGUCAAAUUGAUGGUCCUACCCUUUACAGGGACAUGUCAGAUUGUUUUCUUGACAAGAUACAGAAAUUGUUUGCCACUCCUUUCCAGAAUGAGUUUUUGACUUCCAGUUGUACCUCACAUUCUUGGAAUUUCCUGGUGGUCUCCUAUCCUAGUCUGACUCUGCUUUGUUUUUUCAAAAUAGUCAAGGUCAGGUAUGUGCUGCUGUCUAUAUUUGCAGGCCACUUACACAUUAAAAUUAUUCUCAAUGGUGCUUAUAAGAGAAGGACUCUGUAUAUUUUAUUUUAAACAGACAUUUUUAACUUUUUCUUGUAAAUAAGUUCAUCCAUUGCCUGACAGAACUUAUUCUUUGGAAACAUGGUCAGGAUUGCAGUCUUAGAGAAACUGGUGUAGCUAAAAUCAGUGCUGAAGUAAAAAAAAACACACCACUGGAUAUUUGAUAAGACAACAUUCCUUUGGAACAGGUGGUCAAUUAAUUUUCUCAAUGGGCUACAUAUGAAUGUGGGACUGUUAUGGAAAGCACCUCCCCCCCCACUGAUGCUGCUGCAGGCUGGGUAAGGACAGCCCUAGGGCCAGAUGUGGCCCACAGGCCAUGAAAUGCACAGGUCUGGUUUAAAAAAGCAUUGCCAGCUGGGCCCAAGAAGGCAGAAUGCAGUGUGUUCAUUUGUAGGAAAUAAUUUAACAAAAUUUCUGUGGCUGAAAGACUUCUCCGUACUGCAGUCAUAAUUCUAGUGCAGGGGUCUCCAACCUUGGUCACUUUAAGACUUAUGGACUUCAAGUCCCAGAAUUCUGGGAGUUGAAGUCCACAAGUCUUAAAAGAGCCAAGUUUGUAGACCCCUGUUCUAGUGAAUGAACCCGCUGGAAAUGAAGCCCUUGAAAUGAAAUUCCUUUCUGGAAUCUCUCUAUAUUUUGGACCUAGUAAUGGACUAUGCUUUCCAUGGCUCCCAAUAAGGGCAUUGCUCUGUUUCUUUAUGCCCCCUCCUCAGCACCAACUUGUUUUCCUUUUAACAGAGGGCAGGGGGAGGUAUCUCUUGGAAGACACAGUUUCCAUUAAUAGACCUUUUAUAUGAGCACAUACCCCUAUAGACUUAUACUUGGGACCCCCGUGUAUAGUGUAGCCACCUGAUAAUAGAUCUUUUAAAAAGGAGGGGUGAAGAAAAUACACUCACUUACUUACUUACUUACUUAUUUAUUCUUUAAGCAAAAAAAGCAGAUUAUGAUUUCUAGUCCCACUUUAGCCUGAAAACCAUCUGGGUGUGACUUUGGGCCAACCAGUCUCUCAGCUCAUCUCACAAGGUUGUUGUUAUGGGAAAAAUAAGAUGAGGAAAGAGUAUUAAACAUGUCCGACACCUCGAGUUAGUUAUAAAAAUAAUAAAGACAGGCCAAACAUACACACAAAUAGUCUGAGUGGACGUUAGAAGAAAAUUCUGGUAGAAUUUUUUACCAGGUAGAAGGUAAUCUCAAAUCACAUUUCUCUUGUUUCCAGAAAACAGUAUGGAUGUGGAUGUGUAAUCACUGGGAACCAAAUGGAAUUUUUACCUUUUUUACACUUUAAAAAAAGGACUAUUUUGAUAAAGGGUAUAUAGACUUUCUACUAUAGAGAUUUCUCUCGGCUUUCAUCUCUCAAUAUACUUGUUAAAUAAAGCCCCCCUUGCCCUGUGGAGUCACAGUCUUGUGGUUUACUGCUGGGAAAGGAAGAGCUACCCAUCUUGCAUGCUUUACUUCUUCCCCACCCCCUGCAAGAAAUAGGAUUAAUAAGAUAUCCAUUAGUUCCAGUAGAGGAUUUGUGACGUUUAAUUAUCAUGGGAGGAGGGGAGUUCACAGUUAAGGAGAGAAGGAUUAAUCCUCCUACAAAUGUACAGCAAUCUGCGAAAGAUUCUGGGGGUGCUGCACUUCAAACUGGGUUUAGCAAAAAAUAAAAUAUCAGAGAAAUAAAACUUGUUUGCAGUUUUCUAAACCAGUUCUACUUUGGAAUGCUUUUCAAAGAAGCCAAGUUCAGAUGUCUAUGCAGGAGAAACAGCACCUGACUGACCUUGUUGGAGUAAAGUUGGGCCUGGUUGGUACUUAGAUGGGAGGGUUGAGGGCUGUGGACAGGAAUGAGAAGUAAAAUAGGCAAUACACACAGAGAGAGGGCAAUGGCAAAAUAUUUCCACACUGCUGUGAAGGAAACUGUGAAUGUGUUCCUGAUAUUACUAGUUGACCUUUAUAAGAUGCUUAACAGUAUACAAAUGAUCAUAUCAGACUUGUGUACUAUAUACCUAGAUUUUUCCUACAGGUGGGAUGUUGUAUUUGGUGUGUCAGCACUCAGGAGUGCUAUCAAGGAAAAUCUGAUCUCAACCAGAGCUCCACUGGCAUUUAGCCCAUCUGAUUCCAGACACCUGCCCAAAACAUCUGGGCCACACCUGAACCCAAGGAAGAAAACAAAAUAGAACUGAGUAUUAUUAUCAUACCUAUAGCAUGGCAGUUCAAGUCCUUAAGUGACUUUACCCAGUGUUUUCAUGUAGAUUGAAAACACCAUGGGAAACAAGACUAAAUAUCAGCUAACAAGGACCUGGGAGUAGCUCUCCUUUAGAUGCAGCAAUUCAACUAUCUGCCAAGAAAGCCAAGAAGUGUAAACAAGGCUUUUGCUCUCAAAGAAGAAGCUUAUCGCAACCUACAUUUAUUGCCGCCUCCAAGCCAACAGCUCUUUACCCAUUUUAUGUCCAAAAACUACUUUUAAAUUAUUUUUUAAACAAAAAGUAAUCAGGAAUAGCAGGAGCGCUGUCUUUAACAUGAAUUUCAUUCAAACUGGAUUUCGCAGCAAAAGCUUUGACUGAACGCUUACUUUAACCCAUUUCCUUACACAGUUAAUCAGUCUCUCCCUAUUUAGAACUGCUUUAACAGAUGGCUACCCAGAUACCCUUAAAACCAUAGAAAAGUACAUUUCCUUUGCUUCCACCACCGAAAAAUAGGACUUAAAACGUUCUCUAGCCUACUGGAUAGCUUGCAUCCUGAGCCUUCCCCCACUCAGAUUCUAGCUGUCCUUGCAUUCAUGUUUUGUUGCACCAGGCAGUCAAAUAUGUUUUUGAUAGGCAGAAAUAGCUGAUGUGGACCUUGUAUCAAGCCCUUGAUAGUUCUCUAUUUUGGAAAUCUGAGUUUUGAUAGGGCACCAUAGAAACCCUGCAAAAAAGACAGUCUGCAUCUCUUAGUUUGCAUAAGCUUGGGCAACCUGAUCCAGAUUAUCAAAAUAUAGAUCACUAAAGGUAAAGGUAAAGAUUCCCCUCGCAGAUAUGUGCUAGUUGUUCCUGACUCUGUGGGGAGGUGCUCAUCUCUGUUUCAAAACCGAAGAGCCAGAGCUGUCUGAAGAGGUCUCCGUGGUCAUGUGGCUAGCAUGACUAAAUGCUGAAGGCGUACGGAACACUGUUACCUUUCCAUCAAAGGUGGUCCCUAUUUUUCUACCUGCAUUUUUUAUGCGUUUUUGAACUGCUAGGUUAGCAGAAGCUGGGACAAGUAAUGGGAGCUCACCCCGUUACGCAGCACUAGGGAUUCAAACCACUGAACUGCCGACUCUUCGAUUGACAAGCUCAGUGACUUAGCCACUGGGCCAUCAUGUUCCUUUUAGUUCACUAGAAGGCAGCAAAAAGAGUUUGUUUUUCCAGUUUUUGCUGCCAUCUAUUGAUUGUCUAGUAUUUUUUUUAUCUAGUAACCUUAGUGUAACCCUCUGGUAGUUCUCUAACAAUCCAAGCAAGUUGUAAAUCAAAACACAACACCUCUGCUGACUCACAAUCAUUUGCAGUCUUAUAAACUGAGAUAAAUCUUGAAUGAGGCCGGUGAUUAAUCAAGAGAACCAUGACAUUCUCCAGACAAAUAGAAGGCAUGUAGGUGCAGGGGAAAACACAACAUGGAUAAAACACCUGAGCAAAAGUAGGAUAGUAGGAGUUGAACCAUUUCCACUGAGUACUCUUCUAUCUGAAGAAUCUUGUGCUAAAUGAACAGGUUACUGAGAAUGAAUGCAGAAUGCACAUUUUAAAAUAGCUCCUAAGUGAGAGAUUGAUUGAUUGAUCAUGUGCUAUCAAGUUAGUGUUUACUCUUAACAACCAGAUGGUUAGAUUUUCUCCAUGAAGAUUUCUCUCUUUCUCAUCCGAUCCUUCAGCUCUUCCACUGAUAGGCUUAUCAAUGCUGUAAUUGAGUCCAUCCACCUUGCUGCAAUUCAUCCUCUUUUUCCUUCCCUCUUUCCCUGCAGUAUAACUUUCUACAGAGAGCUAGGCCUUCACAUGAUGUGUCCAAAGUAGGAUGCGGGUAGGAGGAGGCAAGAAAACACGGUGGCUCCAUCCUCCCCAUCACCACCCCAAGCCCAUGCAAGGGUUGAAUUAAGCCUUCCAUUCUCCAUCCAGUUCUUAAAUCCUGAGUGGCAGCUUCUCCCUUUACCCACCUUGCAUUUACAAACAUCAUUUUAAGGCAGAUCAGAACCCCUCUGUGGCAAGCAGCUCUUUUAAUGAAUCCCCCUGCCCAUCCAGAAAGACAGUGUAGGAAUUUAGCACCCACCCCCCUCCUAGAAGAAUGAAAUAUUCUAGGAAAUAUUUUAAAAAGCAGAAUAUUAUACCUUCCUGGAUGAGAAAUGGAGAAACAUAUUUUAAAGACAAAGGAGCUCCCUGCAACUUCCUGACUCCCCCCCACCUUUGUCAAUGGGCCAUUAAAAGCCUCAGCUAAGCUCACUCAUUCUCCCCACCUUUGUCAAUGGGCAAUUAAGGCUUCAACCAAGCUCACUCAAUCCCCCCAUGAUUUGCAACACAAUACAACUGAAACUCACCACAUGGCAAGGCUCAAGCAAGCUUGAGAGACAGCCAGCAAGGCUAGCUAAGACUCCCACCCCCUGGGAGUCUGACAACCAAUCAGGAUACUCUUCCUGUGCCCCAGAAAGGUCAAAGCUCAGAAAAAGCAUAAAGCCAGGGAGCACACAGGAUCUCAGCCCUUUUCUGUUCAGGAUCUCAAGCCAUGUGAUCCUGACCACCAUUAAACCAUCUUUCCAAGCAGCCUCCAUGUUUCCAGUGUCUUUGUCCCCACUUGGAACUGAACCCAGAUGGAUAUUUCUUCCAACAAUUGGCACCCACAGAUGGGACUCCAAGCUAACCUAACCAAUGGACCUGGCCCAGGUAAGCCUCCCUUGCUAGCAGCAGACCCAUUGAGUCUGUGGGUAAGUUUUCCUGGACCUUGGCCAUUUGGAACUAGGUUUUAAAGGGGUUUUGAGUGUUGAGCUCAAAGACUGCUUGGAAAGAAGGUGAGUACCUCUAAAUUUUAAUUUUAAGCAUGGAAAAGCAUGGGAAAUAUGUGUAUGCCUGCAUGUGUGUGAAUGAGAGAGCCCUUCUCCCAAUCAUAGCUGGAUCUUGCAUCCUCUGUGCAUUUCCUAACCGCAGAAAGACCAAAAGUCUGGAGAGCAUGGGGGUUUUGCCAGAGCACAGGACCUUCUGUUAGGGAAGGAAGAAGUGUGUGUGUGGGAUUCCACCUGAGGAAACAGUCUGAUUCCACCUCUUUGAGCAACCUCUAGCCGCACCUCUACCUACUGCUAGCUCCACCGAGCCGUGACCGGUAGGAUAGAGAAAGCAAGGGGGGGAAGCCAAAUGUGGAACUUUGUGUUUUCGAGGAACGGAAGCCGAGCAAAAGGAAAAGAAGUGUGAAGGGGGGAAAAAGAAAUAUAUAGGAACUAUCGGUGUAUCUAAAAAGGAAAGCAAAGCCUAAAGUGGAGCAUGUGGAGUGAGAGGAGGUGCUCGUACCUGCUGUAGGGGCAGCAAGGUCCUCCGGGAUCACUAUUUUUUUUAUUGGUGAUCUUCAAAUAAGAGUUCCCUUAAGGAAGGGGCCCAUACUUCGACAGAAGGGAGUCGGAGUCCUUCGCGGAUACCUUUUUUUUCCGAAACUGCGGGAGUGCCCGGCUAUGACAAAGUGAGCCUCACAUUCCGAGGAUCAUGGGAAGCGUAAGCUCGAGGGUAGAGGGAAAUCCCCUGAGAGACAUGCUUGGGGCCUGGGACGCCAGGCAGGUGCCAGUGUUGACUGGCAUGCGAGAAUAGAAAUUGAAGAAAUUGUGUAAAAAAUGGGCUUUGCUAAGAGAUAACACCAGGAAGACAAAUUUGGCUAAAUAAAGGUACUUAAAAGAAAAGGGAAAUAUAUAAAUAGGAAUGUUUGGGUUUUUGUUUUGUUUGUUUUGUUUGUUUGUCUGUCUCUUUCUCUUUCUUCUAUGGAACCACGUGGUCUGUCUGUUAAGAUUUGUGCCUUCCCUAAUUUAACUGAGAUUUAUGGGAAUGAUCAGUGUGUGUGUAAAUCUCAGAGUUUUGUUUUUCUCUUUGUCCUUGUUUUUUAUGUGUGUAUGUCUGUCUUUGUGGGCCCUUGAGGUAAUUGUAACUGUAAAAUGUAUCUGAUCUCUAGAGACAAGAAUUUUAAAUUGUUAGGGAAAAAGAAAAACAAAAGGUUGAAACAAUGAAAAUGGGGAAGAGAGAGAAAAAAAAAAAAAAAAAAAAGGAAAGAGCCUUUUUCCUGUCUUUGUCCGGCCAACAAAAUAGUAAAAAGGACUUUUCAUCCUAUUUCUGUUUUUUUUUUCUCCUCUCUAUCUUAAAGUAACAACUCAAGUUUAUAAGGAAACAUUUUAAGUUCACUUACAAGAUAA